CAGGUCCCUUCAUGUCCUCACUUUGACCGUCCUUCCGUCACGCUCGCAAACAAUUUCUCCAGCCUGUCAAGGGCCUCUCGUCUCUCUUUUACGUCCGUCUCCUGGCCCCGGCAUUGUACACAUGAACGGGCAGACUGUCGAUACCUUCAAGCCUCUGCCGGCGCCGGCCAGGGACGAAAAGCUGCCCCCCUUGCCGCCCCAGAUCACCGACCUCCCGCUGCCGCCUCCCCCGCCCAAGAUCAUGCAAAAUGACGGCGAAGUUGACCCGAGAGAACGCGACGGACGCCCGGGGUUGAGACCGCCUCCGAUUGUUACGCCCGCGUAUGGCGAGACCUCUCUCGGACCGGGCUCCAGUCAACUUCCCUUGACACCAGUCAGUCCCAGUGCAUCAUCUGUAGGCUCCGCUCCCUCCUCUCCUGGACGCGAGGGCAGAUCGAAAAAGUCCAAUCCCCUUGUCGAUCUCAUCGAGACUGAGAAGUUAUACGUCGAUCAGCUGGCAGGCGUUAUACGCAAAGUAGCCGCAGCAUGGUCCCGAAACAACUUACCUCCUCCAGAGUUAGAUGGGAUGUUCCGGAGUAUAGAAGCCGUCUACAAGGCGAAUCGGGGUCUGCUCAAGGAAUUGAAUGACAUCGGUACCAAUCCCUCAUCUCCCAAAGCUCUCGGCGACCUACUAAUGCGCUGGAUUGACGAUCUUGAGCGGCCAUAUACCUCAUAUUGCAACACCUAUUACUGCGGCCUCGACGAUUGGCCUCCAGUGACCUCUAAUACUCGCCUCCCGGUCGUGCUAGCUACCUUUUCUGCCGCUGUCCCGCCACCUCUUCCUCCUGAUUCUCCGGAUCACCCAUCAACGCCGCCGUUGUGGACACUAGACCAACUCUUCCUUCUCCCCAAAGCCCGACUGAAAUAUUACAGGAAGUUAUACGGCCGGUUGCUGAAGAGCACAACCGCCGGGCGGAGCGACCAUAAGCUGCUAGUUGGCGCCGUGGAGAGACUGGACAAGCUCAUGGGCAUCGUUGACGAACGGGCUGAAAUGAGACCUCCAGGGGCUGCCGGGCAACGCGAAUCAGGCGUAAGCCAGAAUACCACGGCACAGGAGGCACAGGAGAGCAAACUGGAGAUUGGCGAGGACGAGGUCGUGAUCGACAUGCGGACCCAGGUUAGGGAAGACAGUGCGCGGUUCAGCGACGCACGGGGUAGUACUAGCGGGAGCAGCUCGGCGAGAGGGAGCAGCUUUUCCAGCGGAGAACGGCUAAGCCGAGACACCGGCUCGACGUCUAUUGAUCGAGGUUCUACGUCUACACUCUCGACUCCAGUCACGGAUCUUGAGCGUAGACUGGCAGUAGACAGGGUCUUGGAUAUAUUCACUAUGAAGCCGAAGCAAGUCCGCCUACAAAUCUCACCCCCUAAUCUUACUUACACGAGAGAAUUACGCUUCUCUGGUGAUGUCAUGAUUCAGUUUACUCCCCGGGCUACGGGGGUCGAAGUUGUGCACCAGCAAGGGCACAUUUUUCUGCUUACGGACUUGUUCUUGAUUUGUGAAAGGAUACUCCCCGAUGAGCAGGCCAUAGCCAAUGGUGCAGACAUGUGGUUGUGUUACCCUCCACUUGCUGGCAAGCAUCUGAAGGUCUCAGAGGUCCCGGGAUCGGAUACCGCGGUACAAGUCACGAUACUGAAGAAGGAGGUGCUGACCAUGCGUACCGAGUCCGUGUAUGCACGAGAUAAGCUCGUCGCUGAGAUGAAAGAAUGCAUCGAUUUUGCGUCGAGCGUUGCUCCUGCGUCGAAGACUCCGCCCCCUCCUGUACCACCUUUGAGACAGUCUGCUCUGUCGCCUACCGGCUCAUCUGGAUCCAGUACGUUCUCCCGAUCCCCGUCUGCUCCUCCACCAUCCGAGCGCGUUAUAUCACCGCCGGCAUCCAUUAUCGAGUCUCCCAUACGCUCUGCAUCUCCGUCUCAGCAGUCCAUGCAGUCCAUCAACCGGAGCAUGUCAAACAUGUCUGUUACUUCUCCGGAUCGUCCCAGCCCGGGCGCGCCGUCAGCGUUUCCGUCCUUCUCUCCUGGACAAGUCAUGCCGCCUUCCAGGAGUACCAGUAUCAACUCGGUACAUAGUGCUGCGCCUAGCAGAGGUCCUAGCAUUGGCAAUAGUUUGCCAGGCAAUCCUAGGGGGUUUUCACCUGGUGAAGUGAUGGGACCAGGACCAGGACCCGGUCAAAUCAUGGGACCCGGCCCAGGGCCAGGAUACCCUAUGGGGCCAGGUCCAGGUCCGGGACAGUUCAGGGGACCAGGUCCGGGGCCAGGGCAAUUUAUGGGACCUGGCAUGCAAGGCCCUCCGCGUCCAUAUCCCAAUGGCCCACCGAUGGGUGGUCAACCCUAUCCGCCUCCCCCGCAGCAAUUCCCUCCUGGCCAGAUGCCACCUCGCGGACCACCAGGACCACCUGGGCCGUACCCACCUCCGCAGCGACCGCCGUCUGAUCCAUAUUCUCAAGGCGGUCCUCCCGGUCAGCUCAGGAAAGUCGCAUCAACGCCGAAUAUGGCUCCUCAGUUUGAUCCCGGGCGCGCACCCCCAGUGCCGCCUUUGCCUGGAGGACCGGGCUUUGGCCCUCGGAGCGAGUCUAUGCAGACAUUACAUCAACCUCAACCUCGGCCACUAUUACCAUCUGCACUGAACGCGCGCGUCGCUUCGGUGGCGGUGUCUGGGUCGGCGUCCUUCCGGGAGCCCAGUCCCCCUCCCUCUCCCAUCGAGGAAGAAGUGCCGAAAGGGCCUGUCACGUCCUCGGUUACGGCCAACAUGAAGUGUAAAGUAUUCCUCCAGCAACAUCACGCGCAAUGGAAGAGCCUAGGCGCCGCUAGAUUAAAGCUUUAUAAUCAACAACCUACCAAUGUCAAGCAGCUGGUGGUGGAGGCCGACGACAAACGUAAAACUGUCUUAAUCUCGACGAUCGUACUCAGCGACGGUGUCGAACGGGUGGGGAAGACGGGUGUCGCCGUGGAGUUGAGCGACAAGGGCGCCCGGACGGGUAUCAUCUACAUGAUUCAGCUGAGGAACGAGUCUGCAGCUCAAGGGCUGUUCGAUUCAUUGCUAGCUGGCUCGGACAGAGCGGCGGUCGGUCGAGGGUAAUCUAAUUUGAGAGAGAGGUGUGUCAUGUCACGAGUCUUGAUCAGGACUAUUGGUAGUCUUUUACCGGCAUAGAGUACGGGGGAUCUUAAUGUUGCUCGUCCACAUUCCAUUCACUUACGCUUUUGAACACUCUUUUGUUGCUAUCCCUCUCUGACCAGUUCACAAGUUGAUUCCCAUCUUUUCCUGUAAUCUCACGACACAUUUCGCUCCAUACCACGACAUAUAUAUCACUUGCAUGACUCUAAUCGCCCAUCUACUAGUACUAUUCGACUGUCGACUGUCGAGUAGCAGCUCGACG